CCACUCUACUAUAAACUCUUAUUCCGCAAGCCACAUUUAUGCUGUACAAGCUGGUUUCACAUUUUUAUCUAACAAUGGAUAGUGCUGCAGGGAGAAUGCAAUGCCAGAAGAAGGCAGUUGAUUCUCAUAGUUAGCUUCCUCUUUUCUUCCUGUCUGCAUGCAAUUUCUGUGAGCAUCACUCCAAUUAAUGCUGCUUCAUUCCAGCUGCAGGAGUUCCUUCCUACAAUGAGCUAGCUAGUUUGCAGUUUUUCCAGUAUUUGUAGAACCAGCUUUACUAUAAUCCGCUUCAGAAAUGCCAGCACCAAUACUUCUGCCUGUCAGAAGUCUGAGUCCCAAGCCAAACACCAAGACUCCAUCACCAGCCAAGUUACACUUCCUGAGCUUUAAGUUCCAUGAGGCCCUUCCUGAGCUUUUUACCUUUUAAUAAUUCCAACCUUUUGCAUUUGUUCCUUCAGAUGCUUCUCAAAGUUGCUACCUCUGUGAUACUUUAAGAAUUUAUUUGUGUCUUUUCAGAAAACCUUGUAUCUAGUUUACAAUUCCUUAUUGUAUUUUAUUUUAUUGAGACGGAGUCUCCCUCUGUUGUCCAGACUGGAGUGCAGUGGCACAAUCUUAGCUCAUUGCAACUUCCACCUGCCACAUUCAAGCAAUUCUCCUUCCUCAGCCUCCUGAGUAGCCGGGAUUACAGGCAUGUGCCAUUACGACCAGGUAAUUUUGUAUUUUUAGUAGAGAAGGGGUUUCACCGUAUCGGCCAGGCUGGUCUUGAACUCCUGACCUUGUGAUCUGUCCGCUUCAGCCUCCCAAAGUGUUGGGAUUACAGGCAUAAGCCACUGUGCCCAGCCUUAUAAUUAUAAAGAAUUAAAAUGAUUCUUGGGGGCUGAAGGCUAGCAGACGAAGCGAUCAUGCUGAACAAACAAAUUUACUAUUCGGACAAAUAUGAUGACGAGGAGUUUGAGUAUCAGCAUGUCAUGCUGUCCAACGACGUAGCCAAGCUGGUCCCUAAAACCCAUUUGAUGUCUGAAUCUGAAUGGAGGAAUCUUGGCGUUCAACAGAGUCAGAGUUGGGUCCAUUAUAUGAUCCAUGAAUCAGAACCUCACAUCUUACUGUUCCGGCGCCCACUACCCAAGAAGUCGAAGAAAUGAAGCUAGCAAGCCACUUUUCAGCCUCAAGCUUUACACAGCCGUCCUUACUUCCUAACAUCUUUCUGAUGACAUUAUUGUGUUGCCUUCUUGUUUCUCACUUUGAGAUUUAAAAGAUGUUCAAUACACUGUUUGAAUGUGCUGGUAACUGCUUUGCUUCUUGAGUAGAGCCACCGCCACCAUAGCCCAGUCUGAUGAGUGCUCUGUGGACCCACAGCCUCAGCUGAGUGUGACCCCCAGAAGCCACAGUGUGCUGUGUAUCCAAAACACACUUGGCAGAUGGAGGAAGCAUCUGAGAUUAAGAACAUGGCUGUUAUAGGGAUUGUAUAAACUUGUUUUUGUUUUUUUCUGCCAGGUGUUGUAUGUAUGGUGACUUGUGGAUUUGUGUUUCAGUGUACUGGAAACUUUCCAUUUUAUUCAAGAAAUCUGUUCAUGCUAUAAACCUUGAUUAAAGAGGAAGUUUUUAUAA